GGAGAAGAAUGAGGCCGUGGCUGAGGAAGUGAAGGAGAUACGUCACAUGGUGAAGGGAUUGACGAAACAGAGGAGUGUCGAGGAUAGAAAUCCUCAGACGCUGACUGAUUAUCGUACGACGGGAAGAGAGAGAGGAGAUGAGCCAUGGCGACGUAGGGAUGAUGAGAAAGACCGAGACCGCAGAGAUCGCGAGCCGUUUGCGCGAGCAAGGAGGCUGGAUGAGUACCCGCGAAACCCUCGCUAUGAGGCCGAUCGGGGUAAAGGCGACUCCCGCGGCCGAUGGGAGACAGAUCAGGGCCGACGAUAUGGAUAUAAGGACGACAGAUACGAGACAUUGGACCGAGAUGGAUAUAGGGACGACAGAUACGAGAGAUCGGACCGAGACGGAUAUAGGGACGACAUAUACGAGAGGUCGGGUCGAGAUGGCUACAGAGGUGGUAGGUAUGAAAGAGGAGAUCGGGACUGGGAACGACGAGAUGGGUCGCGUGGACGGUUUGAGCGCGGGGGAGAUGCGAGAGAGCAGGGCGACUCGUCGCGGGGGUGGUACAACCGAGGGGACCGACGCGAUGAGUCACGAGGGCGAUAUGACUCGGGGGACCGCCGGAAUGAUUCGCGAGGGCGGUAUGAGCAAGGAGGGUCUAGAGGAGACCGCCGCAACGAUUCGCUCGGUCCGAAUGGGAGAGGGGGAUAUGGCGUCUCAUCAGAACCAUAUCCCAAGUCGCCUGACCCUAAGGCAGUCAGGAGUUCGAUCUCUAGAAGCGCAGACGACAGGCCAUCUACUCCCAAGAACUCAUGCGUCUACUGUAGAGGAGAAUAUCAUAUCAAGAGGGAUUGCCCGGACCUCAAACGGGCAAUAGAUGAGGGACUUGUCAUGCUUGACGACCGCAAGUACGUCAAGUGGGCAGAUGGUCUGGGAGAUGCAUUGAUGUUCCCUUCGAUGAAGGAGAAUGUCGAAGCAAGGAGAGUAAAGCCGAAUAAAGAAAAAGAGCCGGUCAGGAGCCAGAGCAUUAAGAUAACCUUUGAGGGGGAUAUGGUGACCACACCCAUAAGGGUGGCAGCCACCAAGUUGGCGAGAGGGUCUACAUCGAAGAAGACUGACACGGAUUACGUGAUGGCGGAGAAGGACGGGCAGCGGGUCGAUGGAGAGGAGGUUAUCCUUUCGCCGCGAAAGCGGGGAGUGAAGAAGUUCUUAAAGAAGAGUUCGCUGGACGAGAUUGACACGGUCGAGCCACUGAGGCGGGCCCUUCGGCAACCCAUGCAGUGCUCUAUUCUGAAGUACCUGGCGGCAUCGAAGCCGGCUCGUGAUGAGUUACAGAUGAUCAUGGGAAGACUCGCAUACCUCUAUCGGAGGAGGGUCAGGGGGGCCCUAAGGCGGAAGCUUCUACAGUAGYAGUAACGGGGGUGACUGCCAGAGCGGAUCGCAUGGCGACAGUCCUUCUCGAUGGAAUGGAAGGUGUGCCUCMAGACAAG